AUGAAGGACACCAGCUCCUCCUCUCGACCACCCGUCAUGGAAGCUGGAGGCGUGGGGGCAUGGCUGCUCGCGCUGCUGCUGGUGCCGGGACCCGGUGGCGCCUCUGAGAUUACCUUCGAGCUGCCCGACAAUGCCAAGCAGUGUUUCUACGAGGACAUCACGCAAGGCACCAAGUGCACCCUCGAGUUCCAGGUGAUUACUGGUGGUCACUAUGACGUAGAUUGUCGAUUAGAAGAUCCCGAUGGUAAUGUGUUAUACAAGGAGAUGAAGAAACAGUAUGACAGUUUUACCUUCACAGCCUCCAAAAAUGGAACAUACAAAUUUUGCUUCAGCAAUGAAUUUUCUACUUUUACACAUAAAACCGUAUAUUUUGAUUUUCAAGUUGGAGAAGACCCACCUUUGUUUCCUAGUGAGAACCGAGUCAGUGCUCUUACCCAGAUGGAAUCUGCCUGUGUUUCGAUUCAUGAAGCUCUGAAGUCUGUCAUUGACUAUCAGACUCAUUUCCGCUUGAGAGAGGCUCAAGGCCGAAGCCGAGCAGAGGAUCUAAAUACAAGAGUGGCCUAUUGGUCAGUAGGAGAAGCCCUCAUUCUUCUGGUGGUUAGCGUAGGGCAGGUAUUUCUUCUGAAAAGCUUUUUCUCAGAUAAAAGAACCACCACAACUCGUGUUGGAUCAUAACUACGUUUUGAGAAUUGAUGCACCAUUGCCACUGUAAUAUUGCUGUCCUCUAAUUAAUUUUAGGUAACUGAAGAACUUAAUAUUGGCAACAUUUUAAAAACCUUACUCAUAUACUUGUUUGGGGGAAUAUACAAUGCAUAUCCCCAAACUCUGGAAAGGACACCUUUUUUUAUUUGUAAAGGUAUAAGAACUUUGGAACUUAUUUUGGGCUCUUCGUGUUAAAUAUUCAACACCAAUGAUCUCUUUUCUUGGUUGUUUAUAUCUACUCUUCACACACUAAACUUUGGUAUUUUGAUUCCUUUUUGCCAUAUAAAAGUACUUUUCUUAUAGGUAGUGAAAUAUUUUUAAAACUUUCAAUUUAAUAUCUACAUAUGUUGUGGAGGAAGAAAAUUGCCUUUUAAUUGUUUAUAGUGAAUAAGGUUUUGUGUUUCAGAAAACCAAAUGUGAUUAACUGGAGUCCAAGCCCUAUUCUGCACUGUUUAAUUUUUAUGGGGGAAAAUCUACCGUAGAAAUGUUAGCUAAUACUGAUAUAAUUUUAAAUUGAUACAUCAUGGUAUAACUUAUUUUUCGCUAGCUUGGAAAAUGUCAGAUUUUUGUUUUUUGGGUUUAUUCUUUGAUUUAUAACCAGAUAUGUUAUUUUUUUCAUAGAUGUUCUUCCCACAGAAAAUUGUAUGUUUCAGUAACAUAGAAUGUAUACAGGCCUUAAAAAUCAGACUGUAAUACCAGAUAGAAUAAAUACUGAAUAAUUUAAGAUACUACAGUGUCUUAUCGUGUAGGGGCAAAUGAAAUGAGAAAAAUUUUAGUGAGUUAUCUGUUCCCAUAACAUUUUCAGUGCUUUUACAAAGAAAAAAGGUGAUCUGUUUCAUUUAAACACCUAAUUGGCUGUUUCUUGCCAUUAUGUGGCUUUAAUGAUUUCGAAUCAUUCCCAGCUUAAAUUGACAGCUGUAAUGUUAGUAUCGUAAAGGUGCCAUACAUUUAAUUCCCAUAGGUGUGAUGCACUGAGAAGUUAGUUUCUUUUUCCUUUCUUUCCUCUCCUUUCCUCUUUCUUUUUUCUUUUUUCCCUUUUCUUUUCUUGCACAUAUAAUUUGUAUACUCUCUGGUUAGCAUCCCUAAGAUGAUUUAAAAAUUUAGAAUGCUGUGUGUUUUUUAUUUGAUAAUCUUCAUUGAUUGUAUUGCAUUUAAUGAAUAUUAAAUAGUGCAUAUUCUGUAAACUAUAUGGUUUAGAAUGUGUUUGUAUUUUGUAACUUGUAUAGGUUGAGCUGACUGAAAUAAGAUUUUGUUUUAAGUAUUGUAAGAUAGAAUACAAGUUAUUGCAAAAUUGUAUAGGUGUUUAAAGCUUUUCUGCUGUUAAAAAAUAAAUGAAACUGCUUUUUGCCAUGCCUCCCUUCCACACCCAAAAGUAAGUGCUGAACUAGGCUCCUAUUGUACAGACUUUGAUAUGUGGUACCAUAGAAUACUGAUUGGAUAGCAACUCUAGUCACCACCGCUGACUAAAAGUUAACUCAAUUUUAAGCUGUCUUAAAAUGCAUAUAUACGUAUACUACUGCAUGUAAGAGCAAAAGGAAUUAAAGUUGUCAUGCUGGCUAAUUUCAAAUGCUGCAUUGUAGCAAGGGAUAAACAUGUUUUCAACCUCAACCCUUUAAUUCUAAAAUUUUUGAAGACCAAAUAGCUAAUCCUUAAUAUCAGAUUAAAAACUGAAGUUUAAUAUUUUGCAACUUUAUCAUUUGGAUUAUUAUAUUGGAGUUGUCUUGCAGCUUUAUAAGUGUCCCUCUAUAUUUAGAUUUGAAAAUUUUCAGCACUAAUGUUAACGUGAUUCAUAAGCAUGGGUGUAUGUUGUCCUUUCUGGUUCUGUUCAGAUAUUUAGAUCGUAAUUAAGCAGAGUCAGGUACCAUCAGUGUGCCGAGUUUGGCAUAGAUUUCAUCUGUGCGCCUAUCAAAAUUUUGUAAUAUUAGACUAUUACUACAAAUAACUUUUGAUGAAACUAUUGAGAUAUAUUAAAAUGUUUGAAAUCACCACUGUUACCCAUUGUAGAAAAUAGUACAGGCUUAGUCUAGUCUGUAUGUAACUGGUUAAUGUUUGAUGGUUGCCUGUACUCAACUGGGUAUGUAUAUAUAUAAAUGAGAACAUACAUAUCCAGUCAUAAAUGUUAAGUAAACUUUUUUCUUCCUCCUGCUAUGUAAUUUGUAGCUCAUCUUUUUUCUUUAAUUCUUUCAUAACUUGAUGCAACAGUCUGAAUUUCCCAAAUAUUUAUAUUUGGACAUAUGGCUCAAUAUUUAAACAUCAUUAGCUGUAUAUAUUUUUAAAGCAGAAUAAAUAAUGGAAAGGGACUUGAUAUACAAGUUUAUACUAAAAUUUCAACUGUGAAGAUACAUUAUAAGGUUACUUUGCUAAUAAUCUAGACAUUCUUUUCUAUUAAAAGAAAAUGGUGUGUGGUUCAUAACUUUCAUUCUGGCUUGAUGCUAAUCAACUUUGAAAAUACAAUGGACUGAAAACAGUUUUAUUCUUUGAAAGAUUUCAUUUAAAUCUCUGUACUAUCCACAUUUGCUUCAGUUUAUAAAUGUGUAACAUUGAUAGUUAAGUGGGACAAAGCAGACCCUAUGACUGAUGUUUUCAAAAAUUAAAUUAAUAUAUAAAUAAAUCAGAGGGGUUUUUAAUUUACUUUUGAAAAGAAAAAUUGAUUUCUCUAAACAUGUUGGUUCUGUAGGGUUGCACCAAUCAAUUCUUGUAGAAUAAAAAAAUCUUUGAACAAACUGA